AUGGAGCCUUCAGCUUCCUGUUUACCUGGAUUCUUCAUGGUCUUCCUUCUCUUACAGAUCACAGUACUCACCCAAGCUAUGAGUGUGGAUAUGCAGGUUACCAUUCAGUUUCCAGAUACAGGAGGGGUACUGGUGGAAUGUACUUCAGGAAGUUUGACACCACCUGUUGAGAUGACAUGGAAAGACAGCGAGGGGAAUAUAACUUCACAUUCAACCACAUAUGAUUUUGAGGAUAGAGCUGGGUUAUUAUAUUUGAAGAGCAGAAUUCUUCUGAAGAACAGAGUACAAGGUCCUAUUUCUUGCUCCAUUUACAAUGUAACUACUAAUCAGGAGAAAAAGAGAAGUAUUGUCCUACCAGAUGUCCUGUUCAAAUCGGAGUAUAUGUCAUUGAUGUCAAACAAAUUUUUAUGUCCUUUAACAUAUCUAAGCACUAUAGUUUUUAUUAUUAUUCUCAGAGGAAUGCUUAUUUUUUGUUUAAUCAUGGGAAAACCUGUUUAUUUAAUAGAACUAAUGAUUAAAAUCCAAAAAGUUUUGAAUAAUAAAAUGAAAGUUUGCUGUACACUUAUCUGGGAGAGUUUCCUGCUCAUUUUGUAUAUUGGCUUCCUCCCUCUAUACUUGAAGUUCAGGAGCAGAGCUUCUAUUUUGGAUGAUGCAUACUCAUUGUAUAGUUAUUGGCUGCAGAAAAUAUGCAUAAUCUUGAUUUUAGUGAUGAUAUUUUUCAUUGGGAUCAUUUUGUUUCUACUUUGGACCCUAAACCGUUAUGACCAGAUAUCCUGCUUACCUUCUCUGGAUCAUUCAACACACAACUCUGAGGAAAAUAGUUCUGAAUAUGUUGAAUUGCAAGAAAUUAAUGAUGUGAUCUUGAGAAGAGGCAAUAUUUAG